AUGGAAAUGGAAGAUUUUGAUUGGGGUUAUGAUAUACUUGGUGAUCACACUAAUGGUUUUCAAGUAAACAGUGGUGUUAAUGGAAAUGGGUAUGGUUCAUCUUUCUCUCUGGUUUUGGAUAGAGAGAGAGGAAUGCUUGUGGAAACACCUGCUAAAAUGGAACAAAAGGGUGUGUCUACUGAGAGAACCGCUGAAGCUUUGAAGAAUCACAGCGAUGCAGAGCGAAGAAGAAGAGCGAGAAUUAAUUCACAUCUCGAUACACUUCGCAGCGUCAUUCCAGGUGCUUUGAAGAUGGACAAAGCAUCGUUACUCGGUGAAGUUAUUCGACAUUUAAAAGAGGUAAAAAGAACCGCAACACAAGCGUGUGAAGGUUUAGUGAUACCGAAGGACAACGAUGAAAUAAGUGUUGAAGAACAAGAAUGUGGAUUCAAUGGUUUUCGUUAUUCAAUUAAAGCAUCACUGUGUUGUGAGUAUCAACCUGGAUUAUUGUCUAGUAUAAGACAAGCACUGGAGGCUCUUCGUCUCGUAAUCGUGAAGGCAGAUAUUGCGACUUUUGGUGGAAGAAUGAAGAAUGUGUUUGUUGUAAUUAGUUGUGAGGAACAGAAUUUUGAUGAUGCUGAAUACAGACAGUUUCUUGCUGGUUCUGUUUAUCAAGCUCUUAAGUCUGUGGUUAGUAGAUUUUCUGUUUCACAGGAUAUGUUAGGAGCUAGAAAAAGAAGGAGGGUUUCUAUUUUCAGUUCUUCAUCUUUGGAAGAUUUCUUAUAA